AUGUCGCUGCACAAGGAAAUCUGUAAAUACAUCGCAAGAUCAAGCUCGAAACCGCUGCACAAAUUGGAGUUUGAACCGACCAAACGGAAAACGGGGGCCUUGUCCCAGAUCUUUAGGAAAGUCUUUUUUCCGUACUACUUUAAAUUUAUCCGGGCACCCUAUGAAAGGUGGCAAUUUUGUGCCAUGACCAAAUUUUUGAGGGAACACGGACUCAUGUACGACGACAUGUACAGCGACAAAGACCCCGUCAUCGAAAGAGCCAUAUCUCUUCUCCCGAAGGAUAUUCAAAUAAAACGUUACAGGAGAAUGUUAAGAGGAACGCACAUCAAUUUUUUAAGACUUUACCUACACCCCUCAGAGCAGAAUUAUGAUCCCUACAUUCCUUACCUUGCCCCAUAUAUCGAAGAGGCAAAAUUCCAGCUGCAAGAAGAGGAAGAAUUACUGGGUUAUCAUCCCUACGACAGGAGACUAUAUACUGGUGGAGCAACUGGUUUUGGUGACUUAGAGCCAGGAAUGCAUUUCCUCGUUUCGAUUCCGAACCUUUACGGAGCGGCCAUACCGCACACCCUUAAGAAGAAGUAGAGGAAGGGGAGUCACACCGCUUUUCCAUGUAUAUAUGUUAGCUUUUAAUGCAUACGUGGUGAUUUGUUAAGAGGCCCAUACAGGCUAAUAACUCAAUGGAUACUUUCUCCACGCAUGCGUAGUGGGUAUCAUUCCCCUAUACAUGCAAACAUGGGAGACGUUAUUUCCUUGAGGGGCGAUGCACAUAUUACCAUCAUCCACAAAGACAUCACCAUGGGGAAACGCAUGAGAAACAGACAACAACAACAAAAAAAAAGUGUUUGCCUUAAUUUGAAAAUAUCCGCAGCGCCCUUAUAUAUAUCAUCAUAAAGGAGUGUU